AUGGCGACUUACAAACAGAAACCUCUUCGAUUUCAAACUCACUAUGCAACUAGUGAUUCAGAAGAAGCUUCAGGUUCUGAUCAAGAGUGGGUCGUGUUUCCUGGAGACCGCUCUUCCAGUAAGUCUCUUGACCGCAAAAUCGGUAAUCCCUCCAGUGACGAUGACUGGCAUGUUCUCAGUGACAACCUAAGUCCAACUGAAGAAGGUCUAACCGCAUCCGAAAGUAACUCUGAACUUAUCAGUGAUAAUGAUUCUGAGCCAUAUCAGGCUCAGGAAUACGACGCUCACUCUGCAGAAGACUCAGAAGGCAUUGUAAACCAAGAUUACAUCGGCCAAAUGCCUUCUCACGAUGGUGUUGGAAAUUUUAAUGAUGAGGCGUUUUCAGAUGUCGAUUUUACGCCUAUUGAACAGAAUAACUUUUCUACCGAGUCCGAAGAAAAUCAUAACUGUGAGGCAACAAAUCCCAAUAUCACAGGAUCUGAUGCCUUUGAUCAGAGCCAAAACGUGCGUCAGGCGAGUAUUUUCGAAACUAAAGGAGGAACUCUUGGCAGUGCACGAGAUUCUUUAAUAUCCACGUUACGCCAUGUAUUCCGAAUUGAAGAGGAGGUUGUUUCAUUAAUUGAGAGAGAACAGCCACCACAGGUCUAUCAACGAUUCGGAGAAUCUGCCUCUGCUAACGCAAAGUUUGAAUUGGGUGACUUGGGUGUG